GCCGCACUCCCCCUGCCAGUACCAGCCCACCAUGUCCCCGUCGGUUGAUUCGCCCCUCUUCGAGAUCGUGGGCGGUGUGGAUGACCUGCAUGUUCACCUGCGCACGCCGCCCUUCAACACGGAGAUCCUGGCUCGCCUGGCCCGGGCCGGCGGCGCUGGCCGUGUGCUAGUCAUGCCGAACCUCGAGCGGCCAGUCACCGGGGCCUCGCGCGCGACCGCCUACCGGCGCGCCAUCAACCGUGCCGAGCCGCGCCUGGACGCCCUGAUGACGCUCUACUUCACCGAGGGCCUGACGCCUGCCGAUGUGGAGACCGCGGCCCGGGAGGGUGUCACUGCCAUCAAGCUCUAUCCUGCCGGCGCGACGAUGAACUCCGCAUACGGCGUCAGCCUCAGCCGGCUGGCUACCAUGGCCCCGGUUCUGGCGGCCAUGGAGAAGCAUGGUCUGAUCCUGUGCAUCCAUGGGGAGAUUCCGCCCGGCGAGGCGGUUCCCGUUCGCACGGGCUGGGAGACCGCGUCCGAGCUGGCCACCGCCGGCAACGCGGCCACCGCCACCUCGUCCGAUCCGUUUGACGCGGCUCUUCUCAAGGAACUGAUCGAAGCUGAGCCCGUGGUGGCCUGCUCCCUCACCGGGGAGGCCUACUUCCUGCCGAUUCUCCUGCAACUGACCCGGGAGUUCCCCCGGCUGAAGAUCGUCCUGGAGCAUGUUACCACGGCCGCCGCCGUGAUGACCGUGGCCCGGUGCGGGCCGAAUGUGGCGGCCACCAUCACCGUCCAUCACAUCGACAUGAUCGCCGACGAUUGGGCCGGGCGCGGGCAUCUCUUCUGCAAGCCGGUGGCCAAGACCGCGCGCGAUCGGGCCGCCCUGCGCCAGGUCAUCCGCAUGGGUCACCCGCGGUUCUUCCUCGGCAGUGACUCGGCCCCGCACUCGCUGCCGGCCAAGCUGCCCCCGAAUGGCGGCAGUGCCAUCACCCUUGAGCAGGCGACCCGCGCGCCGGAGUCCCUCCCGAGUGGCCAGUCCCCGGUGGCCUGCUGCCCCGGGGUGUUCACCAGCCCCCUGUUGGUGGCGUACUUGGCCACGUCGCUGGAGCGCUUCGGUGCGCUGGAUCGUCUGGCCGACUUUGCUGGGCGCUUUGGCCGGGAGUUUUAUGGCCUGGCGGCGGCCGCUCCGCCCGGCGGCGAGCCUGGCGUCCUUCGGAUCUUCCGCCGGCCGCAGGUGGUCCCGGAGCACUACGACCUGCCUGGCGGCCCGGUGGUCCCGUACUUGGCCGGCGUGACGCUCCCCUUCUCGGUGGAGUGGGCCAACACCGCCGAGCCCACCGAGUGCCCUGUGCUUGCCGCCGGGGAAGCCCAUCCCGAUGCCCUGGAUGAGGCCGGCGUGCCUUGGGUGUGAGCAUCCCCCUGCAGGCUCGGAGUGUGGUGCUCCUCCCUCAUGCUUUCCCACGUGCAGGCGGCGUUGCACACACAAUAAGACAUUCCCAAACCCA